AGCAGCUGAAUUGGAGCCAGUCUCACAGAGAUAUGAUGAUGAUGAUUCAAGAAAUGAAAAGGUGUUUGCCGGAAGAGAAAAGGAUUUCCAGCAAGCCCAGUACCAUCAGUGCUCUCAACUAUGCCUUGCAGUGUGUCCAGCAGGUCCAAGCAAACAAUGACUUUUUCCAGGCUCUGAAUGACCGAAGAGUAUUUCAAACAGAUGUGAUGACAUACAGCAUAGAAGAGUUGGUGGCAGUUGCAUCUGAACACACUCCAAAAAAUACUGACACAUUUGUGGCUGUAUUUUCCCUGCUUUCUGGACGCAUAGUGCAUAUUUCUGAGCAGGCAGCGGCCAUUCUGAACUGUAAGAAGAAAGUGUUGGAUUCCUCCCGGUUUGUAGAGCUGCUUGCCCCUCAGGAUGUGAGUGUGUUCUACACACACACUGAUCAGUCCCACCUGCCACUUUGGAACAUGGAAAGUCAAACAGCAUCUCUGUAUGAAUAUGCCCAGGUGAAAUCCUUUUUCUGCAGGAUCAGGGGUGGUAAAGAGCAAGAACAAGAAAUGCGUUUUUACCCCUUCCGAAUCACCCCGUACUUGGUCCGUGUGUGUACUUCUGUCCACGUGGAUACAGAAUCGUGCUGCUUAGCUUUGGCUGAGAAAAUUCACUCUGGAUAUGAAGCUCCUCGAAUUCCUGCAGAUAAAAGAAUCUUCACCACCACUCACACCCCUGGAUGUGUUUUUCUUGACAUAGAUGACAGAGCAGUGCCUUUGUUGGGUUACUUACCUCAAGAUUUAAUUGGAACAUCCAUACUGAUGUAUUUGCACCCAGAAGAUCGUCCUUUGAUGAUUGCUGUUCACCAGAAAAUUCUGAAAUUCGCUGGGCAACCUCCUUUUGAACAUUUGCCUAUUAGAUUUUGUACUCAAAAUGGGGAUUAUGUCGUGCUGGAUACCAGCUGGUCCAGUUUUGUGAAUCCUUGGAGCAGGAAAGUUGCAUUCAUUAUUGGUCGACACAAAGUUCGGACAAGCCCUCUGAAUGAAGAUGUCUUUGCCGCAAGGAGCAAAGAAACAAGCAAUGUUGAGAAAGAGAUAACAGAAUUGCAAGGACAAAUUUACAAGCUGCUUCUCCAGCCAGUUCACAGCAAUGUUUCCAGUGGUUAUGGAAGCCUUGGAAGCAAUGGCUCUUUUGAGCACUAUAUCAGCAUAGCAUCUUCAAGUGACUCCAAUGGGAAUUGUGCAGAGGAAAUACAGGAACCAAUCACAUUGCAGCAAGUUUGUGCAGAUGUGAACCGAAUAAAGAAUCUGGGACAACAGCUGUAUAUUUCAUCAAGGAGCAAGCCACAGAAUGGAAAUGAACAGGCUGCAAGCUCGGAGAUGCUAGGAGGGAAGAAGCAUGCUGCUUCGUGUUUCCUUCAGACAUUGAGAAGUGAUAGCACAGAGGAACCAGGCAACACAUUUUAUGACGAUUCAAAGAAGACUCUGUGUGUUUCUUCCUAUCAGCAGAUCAGUUGUAUUGAUAGUAUCAUCAG